UGGCCCCCUUCAUCACCACACCCUGCACUCAAGUUAUGAUGCACUUCAUGGCGUACUGUUGCCCUACAUUGCCACUGGGGCUCCACCACAGGUUUUUAUUUGAGCCCAGAGCUCACUGUGGAUUGAACAUCAGCUGAACGAACUCCUUCCAGAUGAACAGCAUGGCAGAGCGUGGGGCUGGCAGUGAAUCACCUCAGAUGCAUCGCGUUGGGAAGGAGCAGCAAAAUGGAGAGCCGACAGGCUCUGAGCCUCCUGUGGAUGAGAGGAAGCAGAGGGAGAGGGAAGAGAGGGAAACCCUGGUGUUAUGGAAGAAACCUCUGCUCACGCUUCACUACUUCACUAUGGAAGUGCUCGUCACCCUUGAAGGCUGGAUACAGAGGCUCUGGCAGCAAAGACAGAUGGUGUUUGGCCUGCUCCUCCUGCUUCUCCUUCUGUCCAUUGCCUACCGUAUUGAAGGAACACAUCAGAAGUAUGUGCAGUACAUGGAGAAGAAGACACUGUGGUGUGCCUACUGGGUCGGCCUGGGCAUCCUCUCCUCCGUGGGUCUUGGCACUGGUCUGCACACUUUCCUGCUUUACCUGGGACCACACAUAGCAUCAGUGACCCUGGCAGCUUAUGAAUGUGGCUCUGUGGACUUCCCCGAGCCACCUUAUCCGGACCAAAUAGUCUGUCCCCAGCAGGGCACACAGACAUCAAGCCCUGAUGCUGAGCAGGUGGGCGUGGACGCCUUGGGAGAGGACAAGAUGGUGCAGUCGGCAACCCUCCAAGGAAGCAUCUCUCUUUGGACAAUCAUGUCAAAAGUCCGCCUGGAAGCUUGUAUGUGGGGUGCAGGUACAGCAAUAGGAGAGCUCCCACCGUACUUUAUGGCACGGGCUGCACGGCUGUCUGGGGCUGAACCUGAUGACGAGGAUUACCAGAAAUUUGAGGAAAUGCUGGAUCAGACCGAGUCCGCACAGGACUUCGCAUCCCGGGCAAAAGUAGCCGUACAGAAACUCAUCCAGAAGGUUGGAUUCUUUGGGAUCUUAGCCUGCGCCUCAAUUCCAAAUCCCCUGUUUGACCUCGCAGGAAUAACUUGUGGACAUUUCUUGGUGCCAUUCUGGACUUUCUUUGGAGCAACACUCAUAGGGAAAGCUGUCAUCAAAAUGCACAUUCAGAAACUGUUUGUGAUCAUCACCUUCAGCAGGCACAUAGUGGAGCAGAUGGUCUCCCUCAUCGGAGCUGUUCCACUGCUGGGUGCGGCACUGCAGAAGCCCUUCAGGGAGUACUUGGAGGCCCAGAAGGCCAAGCUGCACCAUCUCGCCGGAGAGGGGGUCCCAACUGAGGAGAGCUGGCUGUCGUGGCUCUUUGAGAAGGUUGUGGUCAUCAUGGUAUGCUUCUUUGUCUGCUCCAUUGUCAACUCCAUGGCUCAGACCUACGCCAAGCGCAAGCAGCAGGAGAAACACUCGGAGAGCAAGACAGAGUGAAGGCCAGUUCGAGAUCAUGCUGGACCAUCAGCUCCAGAAGCCUCCUUGCUUCUCUAAGCUCCCACAGUUCCCUGUGUCUGCUCUCCCUCCUGGCCAGUAACCCACCAUUAUCUGACGCAAAAUAUCAGCCCCCAUCUGGUUUCUCUCUUGUUUUUGUAGCAACAUGUUGAUUUUGAACUCGGACUACCAUUUACUUGUUUUUGAAGGCUUUGCAUUUGGUAGUGAUUUCUGCAAUUAUUCUGUGUAAGGUAGGUGUUUGUUGGGACGCGCGUGAGUGUUUUCGAAUCUGUUGUGUUCGAGGGUCCAUGUUGGUGCUUUGCUUUUAGCAGCUCCCGAACACGUGAGAAGAAGCUUCUGGCAACAAUUCCCCUCAGUAAGGCCAUAAGCUGUUUAUUCCACUGGAAGAACCUCUCAUAUGUCCAUAGAGUCACUUUAUCUCAAUAAGCUUGGAUUGUUUUGAUUAUUGUUGUGGAUUUAUAAAACCAGCGUAGAGCUAUUUGAUUAAUAAUCUGUUUAUUUAUUAGAAAUAUUCACGAGGUUAUUAAUUAGAGAUUCUGUAUUUAUUACUGCACCGUAGGGUCGUUUUCCAGUAUUGGCUGUGGUUAGGCAAGACAUGUAAAUGCUUCAGUUAUUUAAUUUCUACAUAUUGUAGAGCUCUGAAUCAGUUGUAGUAAAGAUGUUAAUGAAUGUUCCUGACUGUACACGGUACUUAAGAAGAGCAUUUCUCUUGUAUUUGCAGUAAAGCUCAUCGUAGUACUUGUGAAUGAGAAAUGAUAAAUCAGCCUUGAAUCACCCUGCUGGUCCCUUUGUCUGCCCUUAUUGUUCUGCUUCCAGGAAGAGAGCGCAUGAGUCAGCCGGGGGUACUUUACCAGAUGCAGCCAUAUAUUGAAUCAGAUCUACAACUGUGUGUGCGCGUGCCUGUGUUUGAGACGGAGAGCGAGACAGAGAUAGUAGGUUGUGUUGCUGCCACAUUUGUUGCUCUCCUUUUUAUCUUUUAUGGAUUAAAGCAGAUUGUGCUCCACUAAUAGACUAGGAGGCUGCCUGGAAGACUUAGUGUGCCAGAUAGCGGCUGUUGCCUUUAAGUUAAAGGCAGGGACAGUGCCAUGAUAAGUGCUCUUUGUCUUCACUUGUCCAUGGAGCUUUUUUUUUUUUUUUUUUAAUCCCUUUUCCUCAGACGAGGACGGCUCGCUCAUGUUUGACAUUACAUGAGCAGCUCUUAGAGAAAAAAAAACUCUGCGUUUUGUCUUUUUUUUUUGUUUUGUUUUUUCAUUGGAUAACAUCUACAGGCUCUCGAUAUACGCAAUACCUUCCUUUUUUUCUGCAAUCGCCAGUGAAAUGUGCUAUUUUCUUCUCCUUCGCUGUGCCGCUGCUGUGCUACGGUGGACUGAGCGCAGUGGGCGCUAGAGCAGGCACAAGAAGGAGGGGGGGAAAAAAAACCCUCAAGCGCACAGUGAAAAGCGUCUGUGCCGUUACCUCAGCUGAACCUUCGAAUGAACUCGUUGCACUGCCCCAGUCACGGAGCCAGGAGACGAAUCACUCGAGUAGAUUCAAAACAGAGGGGUACUGUUGAGCGAGCUGAAUCCUGCGCUCUGCACCAGCUCUGGUCAGAACAUUCACAUCUCCUCUUUUCUCCUGUCAUGGUAAGUAAGGAUUAGGGUUCUUUUAUUUUUUAUUUUUUAUUUUUUUUAUUUUUUUCCCAUUGUUGUCCUUUCUGUACAUGCAUAUGUCUGAGGCAUGUCCGUCACUCUCGGCCUGUCAGAUAGCUUAUCAGACUGGUGUUGGCUGUUAAGAUUGCAAGGCGACAACAGUCUGUAGGCUGUCUGACAUUUCGGGCUCUUUCAUCUGACCAGCAUCCUGUUUUGUCCUCCUUCUGUUAUUGUCAUUGUUUCAGUUAGCAUCAGUUCCCAUUUAGAGGUGUGUGCUGCGAUGUCAGUUCCCUUUAUCCCAACCGCUUGUGAAACGUCGGAGAUGUGGGUCUAUUGUUUAUUUCCUCCAUGCUGAUGUCUGUGAGGGUUUUUAUGUGGUUUUAUGUGAGGAACUGUGCGUUCGCAUGUUUGCAAAUGCAGAUGUAGUGAUGUCAGCAGUUCACUUUUGUGUUUGUGUACGUGUGUGUGAGAGAGUUGGCUCCGUCCUCUUGAAUUUCCAGAGAAUCCAGACAGCACACACCUUAUUGCAACACAUCACAUUGUGACACCCGCUCCUAGGUAUAGUACACGCAGUGCUCACCCAGCUCUCCUCUUCCCUUUUACACUUCCCUCUUCUGUUUUACUGAGAACUUUCUUCUGUUGCUCAAUGUGCGCUUUUUUGUAGGAGGCUGCAUUUUAUUGGAACAGCUCUCUUGAGGGGUUGUUUUUCUAAGGGCCACAAAUUGGUAAUUAUACAAAGCUGAAAAUCAUUGCUUGACCAGUGGAUACUUUUGCCACAAAGCCUCAGUUUUAUUUUAGAUUCUUCUUUUUCUAGUCCAGAGCAAAGGGGUCAAACUUUUUCCUGGUCAUUAAAGCAAAAUCACUGGAUAACACUGGAGUGGCUCACUGGCUUAAAGAGUGUUUUUCUUGGCAGUUUCAGGAUGUCCUGUUCCAUAAGGGAGCCCCCUUUUGGCACGACUGUCUGAAUGUGUGUGUGUGCGUGCGCAUGUUUGUCUAGAAAUUCUGUUUAUAUUUCUCUGUGUAAGCGCCUGUAUUUCUUGUCUAAUAAAUGUCUGUACCUGGUUUAUUUUAAAAGCGUAUGCACUGUACGUUUCCCCUGCUUUCACUAUAAAUAAAGUCUGUUGAAAAGUG